CCGUCUCCGCCUGUCGCUGGCUCCGCGGCCGCCGGCUCCGAGGAAGCGAGGGCGGAGGGGAGGGGCAGGCGGCACCCGGGAGGGAGGCACCGGGCCGCAGGCCAAGACGACCGGGGUCACAAUUUGGGUUUGUAGCAAAAAUGCUUUCAGAACAGACAGCAGCCCUGGGGACAGGAUGGGAAUCAAUGAGUGUUCAGCUGGAUGGAGCAGAGCCCCAGGUGGAAAGGGGAAGCCAGGAAGAGGGGCCAUGGAGAACAGCACCAGGGCCACUGGAGCACCUGUGCUGUGACCUUGAAGAGGAGCCACAGUCGCUUCAGGAGAAGGCUCAGUCGGCUCCCUGGGUUCCUGCCAUUCCCCAGGAAGGGAGCACUGGAGAUUGGGAGAUGGCAGCUGCACUUCUUGCAGCUGGAUCACAGGGCCUGGUAACCAUCAAGGAUGUGUCACUGUGUUUCUCUCAGGAGGAGUGGCGGAGCCUGGACCCUUCUCAGACAGACUUUUAUGGAGAAUACGUCAUGCAGGAAAACUGUGGGAUAGUGGUCUCUCUAAGAUUUCCAAUCCCCAAACUGGAUAUGCUUUCUCAACUAGAAGGAGGGGAAGAACAAUGGGUUCCUGACCCCCAGGACUUAGAAGAGAGGGACAUUCUGAAGGUCACAUAUACAGGAGAUGGAAGUGAGCACGAAGGGGAUACCCCUGAACUAGAAGCAGAACCUCCCAGAAUGUUAUCUAGUGUGUCUGAAGAUACCGUUCUCUGGAACCCAGAGCAGGAUGAGAGCUGGGAUUCCAUGCCCAGGAGCUCCAGAGGCAUGCUCCUUGGCCCACCGUUUCUUCAGGAAGAUAGCUUCUCAAACCUUCUGUGUAGCACAGAAAUGGAUUCCCUGUUAAGACCGCACACAUGCCCCCAGUGUGGGAAACAGUUUGUGUGGGGCUCCCACCUUGCCAGGCACCAGCAAACACACACUGGGGAGAGGCCCUACAGCUGCCUCAAGUGUGAGAAGAGCUUUGGGAGAAGACAUCACCUGAUCCGACACCAGAAAACCCACCUACAUGACAAGCCCAGCAAGUGCUCUGAGUGUGGCAAGAAUUUCCGAUGCAACUCCCAUCUGGCCAGCCACCAGAGAGUACACGCAGAAGGCAAACCCUGCAAGGGCCAAGAGGUUGGAGAGAGCCCUGGGGCUCGGAAGCGGCAGCGCGCUCCGCCAGUGCCAAAGUGCCACGUGUGCACUGAGUGUGGGAAGAGCUUUGGCCGACGGCACCACCUGGUGAGACACUGGCUGACACACACCGGGGAGAAGCCCUUCCAGUGCCCGCGCUGUGAGAAGAGCUUUGGCCGUAAACACCACCUGGACAGGCACCUGCUGACCCACCAGGGACAGAGUCCCCGGAGCAGCUGGGACAGAGGGACAUCUGUCUUUUGAAAUCUGUUUCUGUUGCAGCUGUGGUCACAUCUUUCAACCGGUGCUACCAGGAGUCUCUGCCAGAGCUGACCCUCUCCUGCACCCCCGUGGCCAGAGUCAUGAGUCCCAGUCCAUCCCUAGAAAGAUGAGGUUCCAGCAUUGGCCAGAGUAUUUCUCACCAGUUCUAUGAGAUGCCACAUAAAGUAGAGUUCUUUGGGCAAAACUUUUGGGAAACAGUGCCUACUGCAUGGGCUGAUAUUCAGCCUGAGCCCAUUCUCCAGGGUACAGUGGUACCAGCAGUUUUUGGCUAAGGCCCAAACUGCUUGGAUUGGUUGGUUGGAGCUUAUGCCAUACCAGUCGUUAAAUAUUUUGAGUAUCACCCUUCCAUAACAUAACUAUUCUCUCUCUCUCUCCCUCUCUCUCUCUCUCUCUCUCUCUCUCUAUAUAUAUAUAUAUAUGAAGAGAAAGACCAUAUUGGCAUAUUAAAGGCUCUGAAAAUUUAUGCAGUAGAGCAAAUGGUUAAGCCUCUUUUAAUGCAGUGUUUCCUAAAUUUAUUUGACUUCAGUAUCCUUUUUAUCUCACAUCCCACAGAACUGGUGACUCCAUGAAACAUACUGGUGAACACUGGGUUAGAGAGUAACGAGGAAACAGGAAAGAGAUAGUGAUCAGGCACCCAGAGCCCCCUUUUUUAUCCAGAUGAAAGCUGAGGGGCAGACCUCAUUCUUGUGUGGGCCCAUCAUCCUUAUACCGAUCAUCUGAAUAUACAUCCACACCUCUCACCCAACCUGCUGAAAAACAGAAACAAUAACCUUCUCACCCCUGUUCCUGCUCCCUUCACCCUGCAUAUACAUAUAUCCAGCUGAGACACCACACUACAGUGCUAAGAGAUGGACCUUAUACCCCCAAGUAACCCAGGCCCACACAGAAGAAAAAUACUUUAUCCCCUUGAACAGACCCCUUUCCUCUUGACAGUGUCUUUAUGUGUCUGUGUAUCUGUGUGCAGGGUCUUUGAAGAGAGCAUGCAAAGUGCAAACUGUAUAAGCUAGAUUUUCUAGGGGCUAUGUUCUGGGGAUGAGGGUAGUGGGGAUUGUAAGGAUUUUUUUGUUUUGUUUCAAGAUAGUAAGUAAGCUGAGUGAUCAAGGGAGCCCUAGUGGAAAGGGUCAAGUUGUGGGAGUUGAGGUAUAAAGCCUUCCCCAGUAUCACUGAGAUCAAGACAACUGGAUAUUUAAGUCUAGGUCUGAAUCUGUGGGCCACAGAUUCUUUUUGCCAAAGUGGAGAGAAAGAGACACCCUCAGUGAGGUGAGCUGUUUUCUUACUGAUUUCAAGCAAGGUACAUAUAGAAGCUUUGUGCUUAGUGGAUUUUUUGGUCUUGUUUUAAGUGCUGGGAAGUUAAGGCAGGAGUCACAGUGCUUGCAGGUUGUUAUCACCACUCUUGUUUGACCUUGACUGCCUCAUCAAGGGGGCAGAGUUAUUCUUGUGGAUCUCAUUCCCCUAAACAGAACUUUAGGGGAAAUGGCUGUGGCUUAGCUAUUCAGCUGAUGCAGGGUAAUGAGCUUUCUGGUUGGUUUUCCUCCCAAUUCUGGAAAGGUGUCUGCCCUAAGACUCUCCAACUCCAGAACUUGCAUAAGUAUUCUAGCAUCCAUUAGUUGAUGAGUUGGUCAUUGUUUCUCUUUGUUGAUGAUGUGUUAAUACCAAUCUUAUCAUUUAAAAAUUACCUUGUAUGUAAGAGCAGUUUGGGGUUAGGGAGGGAGAAAAGCAAAGAGGAUGGAAGUGGGAUAUUUUCUCUUUAAUGCUUAGAUUCUGGGUUUUCCUUAACACACAUUUCUCAACCACAGUUGGUGGAAUUAACCAGAGAGGCAAGAGGAAGUUAGCUGCAACAGUCUAGUUUAAUGACUGUUCCACUUGCUUAGGAAAAACUGGGUGAAUCAUAGCUCCUUAGAGUCCUGGGCCCAAAUGGAGCCAAAAAUAGGGUCAUUUUGCUCACUGGGCUUCUUAGAGUGGGUAUGACUUGAGCAACACAGCCCCUACCUCCCUUCUGCUCAGAGCAGCCUUCCCUCUUUGCCUAGAAUGUACUUCUCUUGCUUAUGUUCCUAUGAAUAGAGCAAAAUGGCCAGCCCUUUCUUUGUAAGGCAUCCUUGUCCCAGGUCCUCAGAGACAGGAGCAUUUUAGGAUCAGUAUUAGGAGAUGCCCCAGGGCACAGGAAAAUACUGGGUUCCACUGGCAAAACUGGACUAUGCCAUUUCUUUUACCCUCCCACUAUGCCUCAUUCAUUAAUACAAAUCAGCUCUAUGUGAGCAAUGGUUCAGAACCUGUUUUGGAUCACAGGCCCUUUUGAGAAUCUGACAAAAAACCAUAAACUCACUUUUGAGGAAAAAAAGAUAUUAGUAAUUCACUCAGUUUUGCAUACACAUUUAACAGGUUCAGAGCCCAUCCAUGGAUUCACUAAACGGGGGUCAAAGAAAGGAGUCACCCUGACCCAAUAUGGUCAUUAUAUAUUUGUGUCAAGAAUUACAAGGCAAGGAUCACUAAACAUUUUAAGGACUAAGAUACCAGAGGCGAUAGGAUAUAAGGAGUGUCUAGUCUUUAAUGACUUGAAGUGUAUUGCUUACAUUCUACUCUAUGUUUUUUAAAAAAUUCAUAUGACAUGCUGACAAAUCCAGCUCCUCACGAACCUUGUUUUAAAGACUUGUAUGAGGUGACUGUCCAUACCAUCGGAUCAUGCCUCUUAAUAACCAGGUGUUAACCUCCAGCCUUUGAUCUGUUUUAGUAAUUGUAAGGUGAGAAAGUGAAGCCCCCAAAGUGUAGGUGCACUCAUAGCACCCAACUGAAAGGCAACAUGGCAUCUAAGGGCAUUCUGCCGAAGGGGCAUCCCUUUAGGUCAUUUCUACUGUACUGCUGUCUUCUCUACCUCCGUCCAACACCACUUCCCUUGGACGAAAAAUAAAAUAAGCAACAGCCAUCAGCUGGGCAAAGA